UGGCAGCGUAAAAGUGUAACUAUGAAAAAAUGCAGUGAAUUUCCUCAACUUCAAAUAAUUCUACUUCUUUGUUCAAGGGCAAGGAAUUUGUARGCACUUACCUCGCAUAACAUUGCUCAAUUCUUUACAAGAGCGGAAAAAUCCAGAUAAACUCGCUUUCGGUUUGGUUCAGUUUGAGGAAAUGACUUGGUGCCAGCUGACAUUGAACGUCACCUUUGCGAAGACGAAUGAUGUAUUUUAGCGGUCAUUGCUGUCACGAAUACCGCUAGAUCAUGGCCUCAGAUGAUGCAUCAUUGCRUUCUCUUGAAKCYUUGAUGAAUGAGUUUUUUAGUGGGACAACUGAUAAUCACAGGAAACGUGAGAUUGAACAAGUACUUCAUAACUUUGGCCAGCAGUCUGGAGCAUGGCAUCACUGUGUUUACUUCAUGGGGCACAGCCAAAACCACUAUGUCUUAAUGUAUGCUGUCUCUGUAUUUGAGAAUCUUAUCACCAAGCAAUGGAUUGGUGUCCAGCCUGCCGACAAGACUGAGAUCCGUCAUUUUUUAAACCAAUAUUUGCUGUCUCACCAUAAAAACCUGCCUGUGUUUGUGAGGAAYAAACUGGUCAAAGUUAUUGUUGAUGUUGGCAGAAUUGAUUGGCCACAUUUUUAUCACAACUUCUUCUCAAACAUAUUGCAGCUGAUUCAAGAGCCCUCCACUACUGUACUUGGUCUUGUUAUGCUMCACACAACUUCAGAAGAGAUGGCUUCUCCCAGGGAAGAUUUGAGCAUUGCAAGACGUAAUGAACUUCAUAGACUUCUUCUCCAUCAAGUUCCUGGCAUCUUAGUGUUAAUAGAACAGUUAUUACACAAUAUCCUGGACAAGCAUAAACGCAUUGCCUCUGCAGUCACUCCUCCACCAUCUCCCACUCAUGGAAUUUCACCAUCACAUAGUCCUACACUUACAGGGAGGCUGCUCAAUCAGUCACCCAAGGUUGGUCAAARUAUAGGACGUCCACUACCUGCAUUAGAUCCUGACUCAGAAGAGACCAGCACUAUGGCUUUGAAAUGCUURAAUCAUYUGUUUAGUUGGAUUCCAUUGUCYAGUACAAUAACUCCACAGCUGYUGGGUACUGUGUUUUACUUUGCAGAGUUUGGUUGCUGYGCAAUGUCUGGUUCUAGUGGAAGCAUUGUUGGCAAUCCACAGCUAGGUGUUUUGGCAAUGAGUUGCAUCAAUGAAUUGUUGUCCAAGAACUGUGUACCRGCGGAGUUUGAAGAGUUUCUUCUCAAGUUGUUUCAGCAGACKUUUCAGUUGUURCAAAGAUUAACCAAAGAUUCAGGAGUGCAGUGUAGUGACCUAUCAGAACUGGAUGAAAGGUUGAUUAAUAUACAUGUGCUAAUGAUUAAUGAAUACUUAUUGACGUGGUUUAUCUCUCCUGAGCCUUACCUGGACGACCAGUCAGUGGACGCAGAUUCUGAGACAGAGUGGCAAAUUUAUCAAAGACAUCUUUUGGAGAUCAUUGCAAAGCUAGCAGAACUUUUACCUUCUGAAGCAUUUUCCAUACUAUUUCCAUUGUUCAGUGAAUACACYGAUGUCUAUCACAGUCUGAAUCAACAUAUCAGCAAAACACCUCAAGGUGUCCAUCUUAAUAUAAACAGUGAAGGCGAGUGCAGUCAUCUUCACUGUACUUUGAGAGAUCUUUCGACUAUGGAGAGAGCAUUGGGAAGAUUGGUUGAACACUUUAUUGGAGAAGUGAACUUUGCUAACAGGUUCAGUGAUGGGGAAGCCAUCUUGGAAAGGUUAUGUCGUGUAGCAUUGUUUAGUACACAAAUGAAGCUGUAUUGUAUUCAUUCAUCAAUGUCAUCAAUGCUGGUACAAGAUUUCAUUGAAGUGCAUGCUCAAAGCCUGGCUGCUCUCCAAGCCUAUUCUCAUUGGCUAACUCAAUUCUACAUGGAAAGCCACCGUCAAAACCAACAUCAAAACAAAUUUGGUACCCUUGUGUCUACCAUGRUAGAUUCUCUGGUUCCUCUGCUACAUAAAGAUGUACCUCAUCGUAUAGUCCUCCCUGCCUGCCAUCUUCUUAAUUCCUUAACCACUACUGUAAGACCGUCMUUUCUGAUAGCYUUAGACAAAGUCCAAACUCUGUUCCAUACUGUCAGCGUUGGAGAACUKRCUAAUCUUCCUAUUGAGGUAAUGCAUUAUCGGCUCUUAAUUCAGACCYUGGUGUUUCGUUCACUGUCCAAUGCRUUGGUACUUCCUUGGCCACUAAUGUCAGAUAACGAACAGAUUCAGACCYUGGUGUUUCGUUCACUGUCCAAUGCRUUGGUACUUCCUUGGCCACUAAUGUCAGAUAACGAACAGGAAUGGGACAUGAGAUCUCAGAAUCACAAGAAUCUAAUCAAAGGCUUGACACAUCACUGCAGGGAGCUUUUAGAGGCAUCAGGCUUUGCUGACARCAAGCAGCUACAAGAGAAAGCUAAAAAUACUUUACAAUUCACACUCCACGUACUACAGGACAUCGUCGUUUCAGUAACUGAUGAACAAGUCACAAAAACUAAAGUCAUACUGUACCAGUCGAUACAAGACAUGAUACAUUUGACUCUGACUAUCUUGAGUGUGUAYACGCAUCAGCCAGAUGUUGUUGAUGCCAUAUUGGGGUUUUUCCUGGGCCUAUUUGAAAGCCUUAAGAUACAAGUUGGGUCAAGCUUGACGGAGGAAAUUGUACUUCGACUCAUGGCGGUGUUUAAUCAAGAGUUGCUCAAAGAAACCCUCGUACAUGAAAGUAGCACRGGGUCGAAAGCUGUGGAAAAGUUUCUUAAGAUAUUACAGCUUUUAAUUCAGGCCCCCGCGGCCUCGUUUAAAACAUUUUUACCUGGUAUCAUAUCGCUGUGCAUGGAACAGCUUUAUCCUAUAUUAGCAGAUACCCCUUCUCCAGAUAUCAAGACAGAGUUCUAUGAACUCUUACAUCAAUUAUUACUGCAUAACUGGCGGUAUUUCUUUCGUUCGUCAUUACUUGCCCAAAUGUCUGGCGAGGAGCAUGUUGAAAACCGGCCGCAGUUCAUCUCGAUGCUUCAGAUUGUACUUCGACUCAUGGCGGUGUUUAAUCAAGAGUUGCUCAAAGAAACCCUCGUACAUGAAAGUAGCACAGGGUCGAAAGCUGUGGAAAAGUUUCUUAAGAUAUUACAGCUUUUAAUUCAGGCCCCCGCGGCCUCGUUUAAAACAUUUUUACCUGGUAUCAUAUCGCUGUGCAUGGAACAGCUUUAUCCUAUAUUAGCAGAUACCCCUUCUCCAGAUAUCAAGACAGAGUUCUAUGAACUCUUACAUCAAUUAUUACUGCAUAACUGGCGGUAUUUCUUUCGUUCGUCAUUACUUGCCCAAAUGUCUGGCGAGGAGCAUGUUGAAAACCGGCCGCAGUUCAUCUCGAUGCUUCAGGCCUUCGGACAGUCGUUCCUUGAGCCAGACAUUGCUAUCUUCAAACAAAAUAUAGAAAUCCUGGAAAAUCUUAAUUCAAAAUGUAAACUUUACCAAAAGGGAAUAUUUCGAGACCAUAUGUUGUUGCAUUUCGUUAACGUGUUAUUUCAAGCGUUAGUAUAUCGUUCCCAUGAUCUUCUACAAGAAGAGAUCACUAUCACUAUAUACAACAUGGCGUCUGUUGAUUUCGAUAAGUUCUUCUCAACGUUCUUGGCAGAGUUUCUUAAUGGCUGCGAGAAUCUAACAGAAAACCAGAAAUCAGAGCUCGUGAAUAAUUUUAAACUUCAGGAUAAGGAUCUACCAUCAUUUACCCAGAAUGUACACCGUUUUGUUGGAGAUCUUCGUUAUUAUCGACUGUGCAACAGCAGCCUGCCACCAGGAACCGUGAAAUUUUAGACCWWCAGCAUGUUGCUAAGUGAUGUCAGUAAUUAUGUUGUGUCACGAAAUUAUGUCACGCGUUACAUGUGCAUAUUUUAUUUAUAUAUCUAUAUAGAAAGCGGAAUUAUAUUUGUGAUUAUUAAAUAUUUUUAGCAAUUACCGCUUCA